GUCAUCCUCGGCUUAAACUCGAAUCGUAGAACCUAGUCCAUACCAGCAUCUCCUGUUAAGCCAUGCUAAUGCCUUGGCUUCUUACCUUACAACAACUUCUACUUAAGAAAGCCCUUCUUCGACAGUCGGUUUUGACGGAAACAAUUCCCUUCAAGUCCCCUUGUUGAAGUCACUCAAAGCAGCUCAGAAUGGGAGAAAAGUGCUGGUCCAAGUCGUCUGCCUCGACUGUGAGAUGUAUAUAGGACCUGGCUGAGCCACGCUUACAUACUUGUUAGCCUCCAUUGCUCUCAACUCUCCGUGUGUUGCUUAGUUGAUAGGGGUUCAGGUAUCGAGGACAUUGGCUAGGAAUUUGCGAAGUUUCACAGAUCACAACGAGAAAAUCGAAAAGACAGAAAGAACAUUUGGUCCACCUAGAAACAGCCACAUCGCUUUCAUCGCCGCGGUGCUCCACGGUCCUACAGGACGAACUCAUGCCACCUAAGAAGCACCUGCCAUCGAGGCCUUUGAGCCUUGCCAUACCCGUGAAACGAUAUAGUCCUCGAAGACCGACACUACAAGAAAUCCUCGCAAACUCAGCACCACCGCCAUGGACUCUAAGCGCCUUUACGGCCUACCUUUCACAAAACCACUGCUUAGAGAAUCUGGAGUUUACAAUGGAUGCUACGCUGUAUCGGAAGCAAUAUGAGGCGCUACUUGCAAACUGCGGAGAGGAGACGAUAAUGGCUUCGACCGAGGGGUGCGAGUAUGUUCGCAUGCUAUGGCAGAAGCUGUUAGAUGCCUACAUCACGCCAAAUGGCCCCCGCGAAGUCAAUAUUCCCGGUGACGUCCGAGAUCGUCUCCUAUCAUCCCCAAAUCAUUUUAGACCGCCGAGUCCGCUGCAGCUCGAUAGUGCGAUAAUGGUUGUGUACGAGCUGAUGGAUGAGAGUGUUCUGGUCUCAUUUCUGAACUCCGUUUCCCGAGGUUUCAGCAACUAUACUGGUCCUUGGACAUCAGUAGAAGAUACAUCGGUUAUACCUACACCGGAUUCUCCACCUAUGCCUCCCGCAGCGUCAACCCGGAUAGGCUAUGGCUCCACCUCAAGUAGUGGCCCGAGCCGUGACGCGCAAACUUCUAACUCCGCACACUCGCAUCAACCCGUGCAGCGUUCUCAUCUUGCUGCCGCGCUGAAGCGCGGCGUGAAAUUUAUUUACCCGUCACCUUCGUCGAAUAGUGCCAAGGAAAAUAACGAUUCCCUCAUCAAAUACACCAUUAGCGCCGGAUCAUCCAGUUCUCUUGGCGAGUUCAUGAUUCCACUGAUAAUACCCCCAACCUAUAAUUCGUUCACCGACACAAGCGAAUCGAGUUCGAAAGUCAGUAGAGCAGGUGAGAGUGAUUCGAAGAAGAUGGGUUGGAAGUUGGGGUUAGGAUUGAGGAAGCCUUGAACCAGUCAUCCGUUGGCAGCAAACAUUAACAGUGGCAGUUCGAAAGCGAACAAUGUCAGAGAGUCCGACAACGCUCAUAGGUAGUCAGAACCCUUACGUCCAGCACAACCACAGGUCUUCUGUGCUUUUGGUUCGCGUGGAGUGGGGAAUACAAUAGUGUUCACUAGAUCGUGCCGACAAUUGCCAUAGUCUUCCUGGUCGCACCGAUCCUUCUGGUCUUUGUCGCGUCCUUGAACUACCUCAAAGAUACGUAUCUGAUGUAUGCAGCAAGUGCAGCAAGUGCGGUUGCAGCUAACACCAUCUGUAAAUCAGCUGCGGGUGCAUCUGCUCCACUAUUAUACAAUAUAUGUUCUAUGCUCUAGGAGUUGGAGGCGGUGGUUCGCUAAUUGGCGGAAUAGCCAUACUGCUUGCUGCGUGCGACGGAACUCCAAUACCUGUAUCGACGACUUCUGCGAGAAGAGUAUGUGAAUUUUCAUCCCCAGCGGAAACCUUUGUAAUGAUCCGUAUCGAUUUCUGUUCUGUAAAUUUAU